AUGGUCUUCGUCAUGCUCGCCUACGGCGGCUACCAUGUCCUCACCAAGUCCGUCCUCAACGUGGGCAUGAACCAGGUCGUCUUCUGCGUCUACCGCGACCUCCUGACCUUCGCUGUCCUCGCCCCCGUCGCCUUCCUCCGCGAGAGAAGGGUGAGGCCUUCGGUGACACCUCAGCUCCUCGCGUCCUUCGCUCUUCUUGGCUUCACUGGGCUGUAUGGGAACCCGCUCCUCUUCCUCGUCGGCCUCCGGUACACGAACGCUUCCUACGCCGCGGCUUUCCAGCCCUCCAUACCUGUACUCACGUUUCUCUUGGCUGCGAUUGUCGGUGUUGAAGCCAUCAACAUCUUCACCAGAGACGGCAUCCUCAAAGUCAUCGGCACGGUUGUAUGUGUCUCCGGCGCCAUUCUGAUGGCUCUGUACAGAGGUCCAUCCUUGAUUGGCCUCGUCAGAAGCAUGCCCAACGCAUGGACGACCACUCCCUAUCCUGAUCCCAACUGGUUCACAUCAGCCGUGCUCGAGUACGGUAUAGAAACAUGGCAUCUUGGUGUCCUGUGCCUUCUAGGAAACUGCCUCUUGGUGGCUGUUUAUCUAGUCAUACAGGGAAUUGUUGCGUCUUGUCUGAGCUACUCAAUCAUGACAUGGGCAAACAAAAUUCUUGGACCUUCUCUAGUUGCCCUCUACAAUCCACUCCAACCAGCUUUUUCCACCGCCCUCUCAACUAUUUUUCUUGGUGAUCCAAUUUACAUCGGAAGCAUUAUUGGGGGAAUUUCCAUAAUUGUUGGUCUAUAUCUGGUUAUCUGGGCUCGCUACAAUGAAGAGCAACGAGCACCUAUGGAUGGUUAUUUGGACCCUCUUAUUGUGGAUAAUCCAAGAAUCCCCAAGACACAAGAAAAUUCCUUCAUAUAG